GCUGGAUUAACCAAGAGAAAGCCUUGGGCAAUACAAUGGUCCAUUUGAAACAAGUCUAUAAUCCUUACAGGCAUCACAAGCACUUUCAUAUGACUCUGCAGCGUAAAGGCCACUUUGGAAACCUGUUUAGGUCAGGUAUAGAAGAUAAAAGCUAUACAAUGUCGAUUUCCCCACCAACCUCUUGCGAUUGGAUGCUCCUGGUUGAACAGAAGAAUAUAAAUGUUCGCGUUACGACCAUGGACGCCGAGCUGGAGUUCGCUAUCCUGCACAGCACUACCGGCAAGCAACUCUUUGACCAGAUAGUGAAAACAAUCGGGUUGAGAGAGACCUGGUUCUUCGGCCUUCAGUUCCAGGAUACUAAAGGAUUCUCCACCUGGCUGAAACUCAACAAGCGGGUAACUGCACAGGAUGUAAAGCGGGAAAACCCCCUGUUGAUCAAGUUCAGAGGCAAGUUUUACCCGGAAGACGUCGCCGACGAGCUAAUUCAGGAGACCACGCAGCGACUCUUCUUCCUGCAGGUUAAAGAAAGCAUUCUGAAUGAUGACAUCUACUGCCCACCGGAGACCGCAGUGCUGCUUGCCUCUUACGCGGUUCAAACCAAACAUGGGGAUUACAGAAAGGACUAUCACAUCCCAGGAUACCUGGCAAAAGAGAAGCUUCUGCCGCAGAGGGUUUUGGAGCAACACAAGCUCAACAACAGUCAGUGGGAGGAACGGAUCCAGGUCUGGCACCAGGAACACAAGGGCAUGCUGAGAGAAGAUGGCAUGGUGGAAUAUCUGAAGAUCGCCCAGGACCUUGAGAUGUACGGGGUCAACUACUUCAACAUCAAGAACAAGAAAGGAUCCGAACUGUGGCUGGGUGUAGACGCCCUCGGCCUCAACAUAUAUGACCAGACGGACAAGAUGACUCCAAAGAUUGGCUUUCCAUGGAGUGAAAUUCGAAACAUCUCCUUUAAUGACAAGAAAUUUGUCAUCAAGCCUAUCGACAAGAAAGCCCCGGACUUUGUGUUUUACGCUCCACGGCUGCGCAUCAACAAACGAAUCCUGGCCCUGUGCAUGGGCAACCACGACCUGUAUAUGAGGAGGAGGAAGCCGGACACCAUCGAGGUCCAGCAGAUGAAGGCCCAGGCCAAGGAGGAGAAGAACAAACGGCAAAUGGAGAGGGCUCUGCUUGCGAAGGAGAAAAAAAAGCGUGAGAACGCAGAGAAGGAAACUGAGAAGAUUGCCCGGGAGACCAUGGAGUUAAUGGAGAGACUGAGACAGAUUGAGGAGCAGACAAAGAGAGCUCAGGACGAGCUGGAGGAGCAGACUCGCAGGGCCCUGGAGUUGGAGAAGGAGAGAAAGAUUGCCCAGGAGGAGGCUGAGCGUCUCGACAAGGACCGCAAGGAAGCGGUGGAGGCCAAGGCAGCGCUGAUGAACCAGUCGGAGCAGCAGCUGAAGAACCAGGAGAAUCUGGCCACGGAGCUGGCAGAGCUUACCUCUAAGAUAUCCAAGCUGGAGGAUGCCAAGAAAAAAAAGGACGAAGAGGCAAAGCGGUGGCAGACAAGGGCAAUGGCCGUGGAGGGUGACCUUGAACGAACCGAAGUGGAUCUGAAGAGCAAACUCAUGGGUGUCCACAUCCAAGCCUCGGUGCACAGCCACAUGCACGAGCACGACGAGACGGACGAGAGCAGCGCGGAGGCUAGCGCCGAGCUAACCUCCCCGGACAUGGUGCGGGACCGCAGCGAGGAGGAGAGAGUCACCGAGGCCCAAAAGAACAAGAUGCUGCGCAAGAAUCUCAAGUUCUUGAGCACUGAGUUGGCCUGCGCCGUAGACGAGAGUAAGAAGACCCCGAACGACCUGAUCCACGCGGCGAAUGUCAAGGCGGGUCGAGACAAAUACAAGACCCUCCGUCAGAUCCGACAGGGCAACACGAAGCAGCGCAUUGAUGAGUUCGAGUCCAUGUGAGAGCGAUCGUAUAAGCGUCAUAAUGAGGCAGAAAGAAACUGACAAAGACAUAGAUAAUAAAGUUUGACACUGUUCUUGA